AUGUCAAAACCACCAAACUACUCCUUCCCACGCCCGCUACUGCUCGCGAGCCAGCUGCAGACGUACCAGCAGGCGCGCAGCACAGAUGUGGACUCGGACGACAGCGACAGCGACAUGAGCCUGCCCGAGGUUAACGAGAAGCAGAGCUGCAUUGAGGCGGAGAAGCGGAGGUUUCCGUAUUGGGGGUCGCCGGUGUAUAAGAGUAUGGAUGGCGGGCAGACAAUUGCGUAUAUCUCAGAUAUAGGAGCAAGCAUGCUAAAACCACUCUUCGUAAUCGGCUGCACGAUAACCAGUAUAACAUUCUUCUCAUCCCUUUACGCCAUUCACCGAAACCAACGCCGCCUCGAAACAGCCGUCGAUAUCGCCGCCAUUGGCGCUGGUGGCCUCGGCGCCGUCUCGCUCAUCCUACUCAGCAUCUUCGACACGGCCUCGUUCCCGCGCUUCCACAACGGCUUUCUGUGUCUCUUCAUGCUCGGCGUAAUCUUCUCCGCCGUCUUCACAACACUAUCCUACCGAGUUCUCGGCACAGCGUUCAUUGAGCGCGCGGUGCUCAAGACUAGUUAUCAGAUCAAGCAGUGGAUCGUCAUCAUCGAAGUCCCUCUGACGAUAGCAAUGGCGGUGCUCAUGAUAAUGAAUAAAGACAAUAUUGCGGCAGUGUUGGAGUGGCUGAUUGCGUUCGUGUUCACGGCGUAUGUGCUGUCAUUCUAUCUAGAACUACGACCGCGGUCGAGAACGAUGGAGGGCAAGGAGCUGCUACGGGAGAGGUCGCUGUGGGAGAGGAGGAAUCGGAGGCCUAUUAGUGUGAUUACUUCGAUGAAGGUAUAG